UUAUCCACAAAUCCGUUUAGUGGAAACACUCCGCUGGUGGGAAAUGCGCAUAGUUUCUUUAUGCCGAUUCUAGAAAAUUCGCUUGAAAAACUGUCGCUAAUUGGAUGGAAACCUAGCUACUGAUUCAAUUGAUUAAGGAACUUGUUGGGAUGGAGAGGAGGUGAUGGAGGACUGCCUCCUUGGUUACUAAGUAACGUAACCAUACAAACACUACCUCCAACAGAUCACAAUGCGGAAGGGCUUGAACUCAAAAGCAACCAGUGGAAAGUUAGCAAUCACCUCAGUUGCUCUUCAAGACCAUAUCGCACGAAACUUGCUGCUUCAGAAUUUGUCACUGUGUGACCCUGUGAAGACAAGAUGGUGCCGAAGAGCCGCCACUGAAACACACUGCAAACGAAACCAUGGAACUGUGAAACAGAAAGGGCCCCAGCAACACGAUGGAGAGGAGAAAGAGUAUGUGCUUGACCCAGCAGCUCCACCACUGACAUUAGCCCAGAAACUGGGUUUGGUGCAGUCCCCGGCCAGAAAACUGACGGUAGAUGAAUGGAGUCAGGUCAAGUCGAGGUCUAUUCAUGAAGGGGACUCCAAGCAGCCCUGUGUGAUCUGCAGGGAGGAGUUUCGCUUACAGACUCAGGUUUUGCUCUCCUGCUCCCAUGUGUUUCACAGAGCCUGUCUGCAGGCCUUUGAGAGGUUUUCAGGCAGGAAGUGCUGUCCUAUGUGCAGGAAGGAGCAGUAUGAGACCAGAGUGAUCCACGAUGGAGCUCGCCUCUUCAAAGAGAGGUGUGCCAUCAGAAUUCAAGCGUGUUGGCGUGGCUAUGUUGUUCGGAAGUGGUACGGACAUAUGAGGAAAACAGUUCCCCCAAAAGACAAACAGCUACGACGAAAAUUCUUUGAGACAAAGUUGCAGGAGUUGAAUGACAGCUUUGUCCAAUACUGUCAUAUGGACAUAGAGGCUUUCCUGAACGAUAUCGACCAGUCGGUGUCAUCAAGCAGAAGAGUGUUCCAUCAGUUUGAGAGAGAGCACGUCUCGGAGCCGCAGGAAGAUGACUGGCAGAAAAUACAGGAAAAGGUCACCCAGAGAGAUACACAGGACUGUCCCAUCUGUCUCACCACUCUGUGCAGCGCCAGACUAGAGACGGAGGCAGGGAGGACACUCGCCCAACACCACAGCAACAGACGCACUGUGCUCCUGUCCUGCUCACACCUCUUCCACCAGCCCUGCCUGGAAGCCUUCGAAGCCUUCUGUGUGGAGGGCCGACCUACAUGUCCUCUGUGCAGGUCUCCCUACCACAAAAUACUGGUCUGACCUCAGAAUAGUUGAUAUAGAACUUCACAAUAUGAAAGAUAGUUGGAUGUAAGUAAAACGUAUACACUCCCCUACGUAUGUAUUUGGACAAUGAAGCGAAAACUUUUAAUUUGGCUCUAUAAGCCAGUAUUUUGAAUAAGAUUAAAUAUUUUUUUUGUGUAUUUAUAUACAUGUUUCACUGUUUAGAAAGUGAAGUACUUUGUGUCUAGUCCCCCCAUUUGAAGGUGUCAUAACUAUUUGCACAAAUUCACUUAGUGCAUUAAAAAUGUCAAACCUAUAUUUGGUUGCAUAUUUCUAGAACGCAAUGACAUCAAGCUUGUGACUCUACCAAACUUGUUUCAGAUUAUAUAAUGUUAUGAGUCACUGUUUCUAUUCUUAUUUACAAAAAUUCUAAACACUUCUACAUUAAUGUGGAUGCUACUAUCAUUAUGAAUGAUUCGUAAAUAAAGUUAGAUGCACAUAGUGGCUUCGCAAAGUAUUCAGAUCCCUUGACUUUCAACAUUUUGUUAGGUUACAGCCUUAUUCUAAAAUGGAUUAAAUAAAUAAUCCUCAGCAAUCUACACACAACACCCCAUAAUGA